AAACACAAACUUGAUAGAACAAUAUUCUUUAUUUGAUCACGUUUUAGCGUCUUCUUAACCAGUAUUUAUUUGUCAGAUAGGUAACGUUUUCUUUGAGACACAAAGAUGGGUAAACGGCAGCAUCAAUCGGAUAAGAUGUAUAUUACAUCCAAGGAAUAUACAGCAUUCUUCGGAGGCAAGAAACUAGAAACCGGGGAGAAAGCGGCAUUUCGGCGGUUGCCAUUCGACCAUUGCAGUUUAUCCUUCCAGCCUUUUGAGCAUCCUUACUGCACCAAAGAUGGCGUCAUGUUUGACCUCAUCAGCAUUAUGCCGUACAUCAAGAAGUACAAAACCAACCCAAUCACUGGAGAGGCUAUGGACACCAAAGCGCUUAUCAAGCUCAAUUUCCACAAGAAUGCUAACGGUAAAUACCAUUGUCCAGUGACAUACAGAAUCUUCAAUGCAAACACACACAUCGUAGCUGUCAAACCCACCGGCAAUGUCUUCUCAUAUGAGGCUGUCGAUCAGCUCAACAUCAAGGCCAAGAACUGGAAGGAUCUGCUGACGGACGAGCCAUUCACACGCAAAGAUUUGAUCACACUGCAAGAUCCUAGUAACCUUGAUAAGUUCAACAUUACCGCUUUCUAUCACGUGCAGAACAACCUCAAAGUGGAGACUGAGAGUGAGAAACAGGCAAGGGAGGGCGCCAAAUAUUUCAUGAAAUCUACCAACGCGGAAACCAAAGACAUUCUGGAAGAACUGUACAGGGACUACAAACCAGCAGAAAAGAAAGAAGACGAAAAGAAAUCUGCAGACCAUCUGAAUGCUGCCCACUACAGUACAGGCAUGGUAGCGGCCGGCUUCACUUCAACAGCAAUGACUCCACAGACAUCCCAUGAAGCAGCUAUCAUUGAUGAGGAUAUCAUCAGAUAUGAAAGAGUCAAGAAGAAGGGCUACGUUCGACUGGUGACAAGUCAAGGAAUGCUGAAUCUGGAACUACACUGUGAUUUAGUGAAAAAGACGUGUGAGAAUUUCCUGAAGUUAGUUGCCAAGGGCUACUACAAGGGGACGAUCUUUCACAGGUCCAUCAAAAACUUCAUGAUUCAAGGUGGUGAUCCAACGGGAACGGGCAAAGGUGGUGAGUCUGCUUGGGUCCAGCCAUUCAAGGAUGAAUUUAAGUCGACCCUAUCACAUACGGGCCGCGGUGUGCUCAGUAUGGCAAACUCUGGACCAAACACCAACAAAUCACAGUUCUUCAUCACGUAUCGGUCUUGCAAGCAUUUGGACAAGAAGCACACAAUUUUCGGCAGGGUAGUUGGAGGUAUGGACACCCUAGCUAACAUGGAGAGAAUCGAGACAGACAAGAAGGAUCGACCCAAGGAAACAAUCACCCUUGAGGAUGUCAUCAUCUUUGUCAAUCCAUUCGAUGAAGUCGACGAAGAGCUUGCCAACGAAAGGAGGAAGAAACAAGAAGAACUCGAGUCCAAGAAAGAUGGCCGACCCAAAACUGUCGGCGUGCUUCCUACUUCGGAAGAGAGACCGGCGACGUACAGAAAAGGUGUUGGGAAAUACAUCCCCUCGACUGUCACAUCACCCCCUGAAGAAAAGAGCACAACCAAGCGACCAGCUGAGACAUCGGUCACAUCAGACGCAAGUUCGUCCAAGAAGAAAUCCAAGUCAUCUUCCAAAUUAACAGACUUCAGUGCCUGGUAGCGGAUGGCUGAUACUAGGACCUUGUCCAUGUGUAACAUACCUGUACAAAGUCUGGAUGCUAGGAUUAACCCUGAAAAUACAUUUGGGACGAAAGAACUUACAAAUAGACUUGCCAUUAAGGGGGGGGGGGGGUUGCGAGAGGGAUGAAAGGGGGGGUGUCACCUCACCGUUGCUGUUCCUUUUUGUUGGCAAAAUCAUUAUCCUAUCCUCAAAAUGGCGCUUCACAAUUAUUACCUCUGUUCAUCAGGCCUUGAGACCAGUUUCUGCAGCAGCUCGAGAUCAGCGCAUUCUAGUCUCUACCUUCACAGGUACCCACUUAUACCCCUGGGUGGAGAAAGGCAAUUGUAGUAAAAUGGCUUGCCCAAGAACACAAGCACCUUGUACCCGUCAGAGUUUGAGCCCAUGUACCACAGCAGGCGAGUCGAACACCGUAACCACUUGACCACAGCGCUCUAGUGGUGGAGUGGUCUGUCCGCAAUCUUGUUUUUGAGGCCCCCCCCCCCCCCCAUUUAUAUUGGACUGGCAACACCCAUGUCACCAUUUGUUUUCCAAACUUGAAUUUCCUUUUCAUUUUCACUAUUUAUUUGUAGAUUUUUUAAAUAUAUUUUUUAAAUUCUUUAUUUUCAUUUGGCUGGCGAAUGGGGGGAUGUCUUAAUUAUUUUUUUUUUGCAUUGGAGACCAACUUUUUAUCACUCUUAAAGUUCACUGCAUUGAAACUGGUAAUGAAAUUUUAGAGAAAGACAAAUGUAAUUCCUUUGCAACAAAAUAGAACAUUCAGUGUGGGUUAAUUUUAAGUAAUUAACAAAGCAAAUUGAAGUGAGUUUAAAACUGAAAUUGUCUCGAAGGUUGAAUAACUCAGUUUAGGAAACAUGUUUCAAUCCUACUAAAGAUGAUACAUUUCCACUGUAUAGACAGUGAUUCAUUUGAGGCAAAAACUCCUUAACUUUUGUCCUCAGAAAAAUAAUCAUUUAAAAGACAAAAACAUAUUUUUCUACGUCUGAAUAUAAAAAUGUGUAAAUGCUUACUGGAAAUCUGUCAAUAAAAUGUCGAGGGCUAUGGAAUGCCUUUGUGAGUUCGUUUUUAAAGAUUUCAUUUCCAAAUUAAAAAAAAUUCCAAAUUCCAAAUUGAAA